AUGGCUUCAACACCGCCGCUCGUCUCGCACCCUGCACCGCCGAAGCGCCUGAUACCGCCCAAAAAGUCUGUCGACCCGAACCUGCCGCCGGCGAAGGAGACUUGGGGGCAAUGGAUGAAACGGAAGGGGAAUAGCUGGGGGACGACGGCGGUGGUGAAAGGCAUCGCAAUCUCGGACUCGGUGGGCGGACGCGCGAACGGGAUUGCUGAGCGGGUGGGUGCCGAGCGGUUCUGGCCUACGACGGGAGACGGGCCGCAGGAGAUGGAGAAGGCGGCGCGGAUAAUCAGAUCCUUCACAGUCGACGGCGUCGGCGUCAAAGUCGAGAAGAAGGACGAAAAGACCGGCCAGAAGAUUCAGCGCAAAGUGAUGCGCAAGAUUCCCGCCAAGAUCCUCCGCAGCGCCAAAGGCCUCGUCAUCUUCAGCUCGUUGCGGAAUGGGAUUUUUCCCUUUGGCGGAGCGGGAGGGAGCGGCGUCAUCGUUGCGCGGUUGGAAGACGGAACCUGGUCCGCCCCGUCGUUCAUCUCACCCAACAAUCUCACGGUCGGCUUCAUGGCCGGCCUCGACCUCUUCGAUUGCAUCCUCGUUCUGCGGACCCAAGAAGCCGUCGACUCGUUCUCGUCCCAGGCCAAGGUGACGAUCGGCUCGGAGAUUGCGGUUGCGGCGGGACCGUACGGGUCGGGCGCGAGUGUCGAGGUUGGGACCGACAGGCAGCCUGUGCUGAGCUACAUCCGGACACGCGGACUGUAUGCGGGAGUCGAGUUGGUCGGACAGGCGUUCCUGUGUCGAUUCGACGAGAACGAACGAGUGUACUUCUGGCCUGGCGUCAAGCAAAAGGACAUUCUGACCGGCCGCACCCGCAUCCCCCGAGAAGCCGAAACCCUCCUCGACGCCAUCGACGCCGCCGAGUCCGGUUCCGCCCAACGCGCGCACGGCGACGAGAACGAGUUUGAGGAAGUCCUGCCGUGGGAAGACGGGUCGGUGAUCGAUUUGGAGGAGGGCGAGACGCUCAAGUUGCCGCCUACGCCUGACCAGCUCUCGAGGGAGGAAGAAGAGGAGGAGUGGAGGAGGCAGAAGGAGGAGAGGGACAAGAAGCGCUUCCUGCGGUGA